AUGCUGACUAUGUCGCGUAACAUUCUCCUUACUGGCGGUUCUGGCUAUCUAGGUGGAACCCUCUUAGCCCGAUGGAAAGAGGCCAGACUUCACGAAUGUGGAAAGCUUUUCAGUCUCGUUCGAACAGAUGAUCAAGCUGAGGCAACUCGGAAACUCUACAAUGCGGAGCCCCUGAAAAUUGAUCUAGAGGAUGAUAACGCUGUUAAAGAUGCCAUUGUGUCUAAUAACAUCACAAUUGUGCUCUAUCUGAUCGAUGCCUACUAUCUGAAACACCAAAUUCCCUUUAUCAAAGCUCUCGCCGAGGCUAAGAAGCGAACUGGCCAGGAAACCCAUUUUAUUUAUGUUUGUAUUCCACAUUCUAGCGAGUGGUUUCUUAUUAGAUUUCUCACAAUAUCGCUGCAGACCACCGGCACCAAACAAUUCUCAAGUCUUUCUGGUUCUCCUACCGACCGAGACUUGUUGGAUAACGACCCACAACUUUUUGACAUCCACAAAGCACAAAAGGCACCAUACCCCGAGUUACAAACGGCUACCAAUACCAACGUCGCAGUGGUAGAGGCGGGUCUCGAGUUUGGAGUAAAGAUUUAUGCUUUCUCUCCUUGCAUCGUUUAUGGAAAGGGUGAAGGAUUCGGUAACAAGAUCUCUAUCCAAACCGUGGAUGUUGUGGUCGCCGCAAAGGCAGCUGGCCAGAUCUGGCCGGUGUCACACGUACUCGACACUGUGUCCCUGUAUUUUGCCCUACUCGAUGCUAUCCUGACGAACAAGAAUCCCGGCCACGGCAAAAAUGGAUUCUAUCUGGCAUCGUCUGGCAAGGUUUCCUGGGAUGAUAUCUAUGCCGGUAUUGCAAAAGCUCUAGCCCGCCGUGGUGUUAUCGCCGACGAGCGGGUUGAGUUGAUGAACGAUGCGGCCCUCGAGAAGAUUGCUAAGGCUCAAAACGUUUCUCCGUCAUCAGUAAUCGUUAAGAUUGGUGGAAGAUCAACUUAUACUGCAGAGAAUGGGAAAUCUUUGGGCUGGAAUCCACAGUACCCUCCUGAGCAUAUACUCGAGAGCCUUGACCAAGAGGUUGAGUUGAUUCUCGAGUCACUGGAUUCAAAGCAUUUG